UGUCAAUAGAUUGUCAAUAGAUAGAUACGAACCACAUGAACGAACGGGACCAUGGCGAGCGACGAAGACAAAAACAGAAACGAAGGAGAGCAGCCGGGGACAGAGGCAGCAGCAGAGACGGGAAAGACCACAGCCAUGGUCGACGAGCCACUGCCACGAAAAGUCUACCAGGACGACUUUCGUCCCGGAAGGGGGAACGCUCUCCAGGCCGCCGUAGCUUCGGUCUUUGGGUCCGACCUGGCCGACGUUCCCAACUUUGUCGAGCGCCCCGAGGGGUACGAAUCCGCGAUUGAGAUGUUUUGCCGCAAUCGUAAUUACUCCUGUGAAAAACGAAAACUCCCCGCAGAGGGCUCCGGCGUCGGCGGGACGCAAGGCCCGCCUCCCUCCGGCCAACGGCGGCGCCUCUGCCUGUUGCGGGGAAAGUCCCCCAGGGGUCCCUUUGGACACGUGGUGAUAGCGAGAACCAGUGUGUCGGGUCCCGAAUGUGUCCACCGGGGGGCGGUUUUUGAGAUGGUGCACGACCCCCAUCCCGACGAGUCAUUUCUCGACGAAAGCGAGCCCUUCGGAUGGUGCAUGUUUUUCACUCCCAUCGAAGAACAAGCAACGCAACUUACCAGUUAGCUCACUUGCUGCUGUAGCCAGUGUCAUACCGAAGUUGCGAGGGUACAUCGAACAUAGGUAUGGAAACGAAACCAGUUCGUUCUCGAGUAGCGCAGCGCACCCAAGGACGGUUAGGUUUGGUACCAAUUGCCUCAAUGGCUUGUUAAUAGUUUCUUUGGCUGCCUCUUGAUCAGCUCUUUUUGAGGCUCUAUUCAUAAUGAAUAAUCACAUGCUUGAUUUGCACACGAGAGGCACCAUUCAAACUCCAAGCCCGCAGACGGACAAUGCCUAUUCUUUGUCGAUGCUCAAGGGCAUACUUUGUGUACUUCGGUACUUCGGUGUCUCUCUGCUCUGUCCCUUGGGUUCUGUUGCGUUUCUUUCAUUCCCCGGGCAGUGCUUGCUCACUUGUUUGUGGAACUACACACGGGCAACAAUCCGUCCGUGUGUCUGCCUUGAUUUCGAAUGCACACGCGAACUGCCCGAUGGAUGUCGUUGGACCAAAUUAGUCUUUUCGGCCUCUCUUUCAUUUACAGCGCCAUACAUUGUUGGUAUUGUUCAGUAUAUAAUAUAUUUUAAUAUUAUUA